UGUUUGAGGUUACUUACAAAAUAAAUAAGAAUUGUUAGUGAAUUUAUAAACUAAAAUGAAAUUUCGUUUCAAUGGCGAUGCUUACUGUCCAGACUGGAUUCUAGCAGAAAUUUAUACACUAUCUCGCUUGUCUUCAAUUAAAUUAAAACUUCUAGGCCAAAUAGUAGUGCAGGGCAUUAUAAAUCCACCCUUGCAGAUUGAGAAAGUUGAAAAACUUUUUGCUGAUUCCAAAUUAGAUACGGAUAUCAACUUAAAAGCUUGCAUAGCUUGUUUAACUUACAUUAUAUCUGCUGCAACACGAGAACAUAGUAUAUCAAUCAAAAGAGUUUACGAUGAACAAAGUGGUAAUUUAACAGAUUAUUUUAAGUCCAGGUCACUGAAAAUAAAUAAUCUAGAGGAUGUCUCUGGGAAUUUCAUUAAAGAGACUGGAUGUGGUUUACUAAAUCUGUCUAUAAAUGAGAAAACAGAAUCACUAAAACUAGCUCCAAAUACUAUUAAGAGUCUGCUGGGAGACUUAGUUGCAGUGAGGAAUAGAAUGAAAGAUUUAAAGGAAGCAUUAUGAAUCAUAUAAAAUGUAUACAUAUAAUUUUUUUUUAUUAAAUAUAACCUGUAACUUAUAAUUAAUUUUGUAUAAGUUUAGGGGCAAUAUAUA